AUGGAAGGCGGACCUAAGGGCGCAUCAAGUGGCGCCAUCUGUGGGAAUCUACAACAAAUAGUCAGCACAAGCACGCUAGCAGGCGGAUCAAGUCUCGUCGCAAGAGUUGAUGAGGGAGCAAACUUAGAAGGUAAAAUGGCAGAAGAGAUGGAGCUAGAUGAAUUCGAAACAUUCAAAAGUUUUAGAGCCAUAAGAAUAUUAAAAAACAAAAGACAACUCCAGAAAAAGAAGGAGUGGGAUCGAAUCUUAGUGCACAUAGACCAAACGGAGGAUUCCAACGAAGAAGAAAAGGAGGAGAGUCCUCGCGGAAAGAGAUUAAGCAAGGAUGAGGAGGAUGUGGAUCGACUAUCCAACACAGAAAACACUUAA